GUUGGGGGCGACUUUUAAAGGCGCAGUUUGAAUCGAGGCAGCCAGAGGCGUGGCGAGAGAAGAUGUCUAAAAGCAGAAGGCGGCGGUGGAAGGCCGAGCACGCCCGCGGGAGGCCGCUGGGACGACCCACGACCAGGCGGCCACGUGAGACCCCGGCCAUCAGGUCCCUAGAGUGUGACGGCAGGGCCCAUGUGGAGGGAGAGCCGUGCCAGGGAGGCGCGGUGGCAGGGCUGUCUCGUGCCGUCCGCUCGCUGGUGGGCACCGUGUCUCACGUCUACCACUGGUGCAGCAGCGGCAUCUUGCAGGGAGUGGUGCUGGCCAAAGACUGGCUCACGCCAGAGUUCGCCCACCGGAGGGAUUUUCAGCAGACGCUGCGGCGCCUGACGAGCCUGGAGGCCGAACUGCAGGCUCUCAAGCGCAUCACUCGAGAUGGUACGCACCAGGCCUGCGAGGGCCUGUGCCCCAAGUGCUCAGGCGUGUGCGUGCCGUGCCCGCCGCCUGUCUGCGCUGUUCCACCCCUCGUCUCAUCCUUUCCGCCUCCGCAAGUUCCUCCUCCGCCGCCUCCUCCUCCUCCGCCUCCUCCUCCACCUCCGCUGCCUCCACCCCCUUCAGCUAAGCCCAAGCUCGUGCUGAAGAGGAAGGCGGCCGUGCAGCAGCCAACCCAGAGGGACUGCACUCCGGUGGUAACCGUGAAGGAUCUUCUGCGGGUGAAGCUGCGCAAAACCUCCACCGAGGUUGAGGAUGAGAAGCGGGAUGCGAGCGAGUGGAAGAAGGCGCUCGUCACCGUGAGGGACCUGCAGGCUGUGAGCCUGCGCCGCACCGUGUCCGAGUCGUGCGCGCAAUCGAUGCUCUCCCCAAGGAGCUGCCGGCAAACGCCAACCAAAACGCCGUACAACUUACGGGGACUUCUCAAACGCGUGGACAUAAUCAGGAGCCCUGGAGGCACCCCCAUGUAUGACAAGGAGAACCGGGAGACCGGAACAGGCCUCACCCCGGUCAUGACACAAGCUUUGCGCAAGAAGUUUAAGUCGCUGCACCCGGAUCGCAGCCCCUCGCCUGCCGGGAAGUAUUCCCCCAACAACAGCUUUGAAGACCUCAUGCAGUAGGGGACCUUGCGCCGCGGUUCCCGGCGCCGGCAGGACAUCGGUGCCGCCGCGCGCACGCGCACGGACGGACGACGCCAAGUUUUGAAACUCUUUCGACAUCCACCGCGGACGAGUUCUCUCUUGCGUUCAGUGUCUUUGCUAAACGUGGACACUGGCCCUCGUCAUGGAAAUGUGGAAUUUCCAGCAGCAGCAGCGGCAGAUAAUUUUAUUUUUCAUGGUUGGGCUAUUCGUGUUGAUGGACAGCCAUACAAUGCUUUUUGUUGUUCUGGAAUGCUGCUGUCCAUUUUCUUCGUCCCAUACGCUGCGUACGCUCCGCUUUGCACAUCGUGUCAAUCUACAGCCCCCUCCAGUGUAAGACACGUGGACCACGAUCGCAUCGGCCACUUGCUGCACGCCAGCGUCCGAGCGCUGUGAAAACGAGCAGAGCUUUAGGCGUGUGGGUUCUGUGGAGAAUCGCUGCCAUAGAUGCAGGCAAAACCUCUCCCGACGGCAACGUCUUGGUCGUGGCCUAUUCGUCAAGGUGCUACAGCACAAAGUGAGAGUUUUAAUGAAGUAACAUUUUACCACUCCACUGAAUGGAGUGUUCAUGCUCGACGCUGGAAUGGGAACAAUUCCAGUGGGAUGUAGCUACAUAAAUGGUUGCAUUUUUGUCUACUAAUACAACGAAUGUUUACUUUCCA